GCAUGCUUCCGUCCAGUUUCCAUCGCCUUCGCUUUCCGUAGUACUCUCUUCUCUGUAUUGUUUUUUUUUUCCCGUUUCCUCUCUCAUUACCUUUCUUCCGUUUAUUCUGUACGUGUUUAGGUAACCAGUGUGCACUUUAUUGGGAUGAUUCUCCUUCGCUAGCGUUGCACGGAUCAGCUUCUCUGGUGCCCAUCCGAAUAUCACUCUUUUAUAUAACUCGCUUUCUUUUCGUUUCUUUUUUCCCCUUUUUUUAAAUGAAAGACACGCCCGAUAACAUCUAAGAAAACCGGCUGUAUCGUGCUCUUCGCAGUCUUUCGCCUACACAUAACUGAAUAACAAAAAAUAACACUUUUUUUUCCCUUUAUUAAGUGCUGUACGUAGUCCUUACGCGUUGUUUCUCUUUCUCUCCCUUCUCCGCCUUUUACCUUCGUCUGUUCCCGAGCAAACUUUCGCCUCCCCCUCCCCUUCCUUCGCUUUUACCAGUCACACCUAACCCAGGGGUAAAGAAAAGCACCAUGCGGUCCCAACUCGACGGUGUCACGGCAGAGCUGACCCCCACCUCGGGGGCCCUGCUCGCGGCGCGCAACCGCUUCCUCACCUUCAACCGCAACAGCGGCUCGUCGUGGUUUAUACGGCGCGACGUGAUGAUGAAGAACGUCGAGGUGAACCCGGAGACGACGCUGUGGGUGGACAUCGAGGGCGAAAGUGUCGCAGACCGGCGGGCGCUGAUCGGCUCCCUGCCCUGGCGCGCCCCGCUCCCGGCGGCCGUGCUGGACGCGGUGGCGCGGCCUACGGAGAGCGACGUGGUGGAGUUGCAGCCGACGCUGAUGCACUACGCGUUCGGCGUGCUGACCUGCGCCAUCAACCCGCUGCACCACGACGCCGACAUCGACGCUGACACGACCGAGGACGAGGACAUCUUCCGCGGCGAGACUUUCGACGCGGCGCGUGGCUUUGUGUGGUGCUCGGUGCUCGUGACGGACAGCUUCAUUGUCACGCUGCACGACAAGCCGUUCCGUGGACUGGAGGAGGUGGUGCGGGCGCUGGAGAUGCGCGUGAGCCCGGCCGACCCCUCCGCCGGCUACGAGUUGCUCAACCCCAGCAUCGUACUCGCCACGCUUGUUGCCUACACCAGCGAGAUGAUGUUGCCGGACCCGACGGCGCUGUUGAGUGAGGUGGACUGCAUUGACGAGAUGGUACUGCUCAUUGCGCCGGGCGAGCGCGAUCAGCCGGACUUGCUGCGACGCGUGGCGCUGCUGCGCCGCCGCAUUUCGUCCUUCCGCGGUGUGCUGUACCUGAAGGAGAAGCUGCUCCGCGAGCUCGUGACGCCGUCGAUGCGCGGCAGCUUCGUGUCCUGCGACAUGCACCAGGUCAUGCCGAUUUACAAGGAGGCGCUGGACAAGAACACGCAGGUGGCAGACCGCCUCGACGAUGCGCGCGAUAUUCUGAACCAGGCGAACUUGAACUUCGUGACCGGCGUGUCGAUGCGCAUGUCGCAGAGUUCGGCCAAUAUGGAUUUCAAGAUGCAGAUUCUCGGACAGGUGGCCACGAUUUGCCUGCCGCUGAACUUGCUGGCGUCCAUCUUCGGCAUGAACUGUGAGGUCCCAUGGCAGGCCGACACCCACGACAACCUGAAGGCCUUCUGGGGCAUCUUGGGCGUCAUGGUGGGCUGGGUCCUCGUCUGCAGCAUUCCAACGAUCCGGGAGCUGCUGCGCGGCAACGCCGCCAAGGCGAUUGUCCCUGCAGACAACUAA